AUGUGCUUUCAUUGCAAAAGAGAACUCAAAGAGGGAGAGGCUUUCAAGACGUACAAGAAUCGCAUUUAUUGCCAUGAUGAUUUCGUUCAGUUAUUUGCACCAAAGUGUCGUUCCUGUCAUCAACCGGUAGAAAAUGAAGCUGUUUCAGCGAUGGACGGCAAGUUGGAAGGAAAAUGGCAUAUGGCAUGUUUCAAUUGCCAGAUAUGCCAUGAGCCCUUCCCUGAUAACACAUUCUAUGUAUUUGAUCAUCAGCCCUAUUGCAAGAAGCACUAUCAUCUAUUGAACAAUUCUCUUUGCAGCCGAUGUCAUGAAGGAAUCGAAAACCUUUGUGCUCUUACCGCUGAAGGAUGGCGAUUUCACCCCAGCUGCUUUACUUGCGAAGUAUGCCAGCAACGACUCGGUGAUACCUAUUAUGUAUUUGAAAACAGAAUCUACUGUGAAGAGCAUAUACAACGACAACUCGGAAAAAAUAACCAAAAUAAUAGCCACUCUAACAACAGCCAAUUAUUAGAUAAGCGCAGGACGCAAAUCUAUAACAUGCAGUCUAACAAAGCCUAA